AUGGGCGAAGAUGCUGUGGCAGCCUGGCUUGACCCAUCCCGUGACACUAAAAAGUUGAUUGAAUCAAUCCAGUUUCCAACAACGCUUAACUGUCACCAGGUCGGAAGUGAAGUUGCGAACGUCAACAACAAGGGCAUGGACUGCGUUCUCCCCGUUAACAAGAAGGAUAGCAAGCCAGAGCCAACCAUGAUGGAUGCCUGGCUUUUCAAAACGAAGGCAAAUGAAGCUGGGCCUAGCACAAGCACCAGAAUACAAAGCCAGUCACCUCUGAAGGCUCAACCAAAGAAUGAGCCAGUACUGCAAGUGAAGAAAGUGGUGGGGGUGCAAGAAGCAGUGAUACGAGUCAAGGAAGAGCCAGCUGUCCAAGAAAAACAAGAGACAGGUGUUCAAGGGAAACAGGCAUCGGCGAAGCAGCCAGCAACUCAAAUGAAAGUGGAGGUGAAAGUGGAAAUUAAGGCAGAGUCGAUUAUGCAACUGAAGGAGGAGCCAGGAGUGGAACCAAAGAAAAGGAGAUUGGACUGAUGGGGAAAAUGUCCAGCUAAGAGGUCAGGUCUGGAAAUAUUCCAGCUGUCUUUCUUUUUUUUUUUAGUAGCACUUGAAUGCUGUUCAAAUGACUGUUCAGCUGAUCCUUUCUUUUUUUUCUGUAAUGCCUGUAUUUAAAUAUUAACAGUGCAUAAGUACAAAGUACCUGAAUACUACUGUAAUCUUACUGUGAUAUUUUAAAUUGUUUUAAUGGCAAGGACUAUAAGCCAUAGCCAUUUUAUUGCACACUGUACAGCAGUGCUGUCAUGUUAUGCACAAAUAUUCUUCUUGAAAGAUAUUAACACCGUUUUUUUACUGUACUACAAAGCUUUUAAAACAGCAUGUUUAAAUAAAGCUGCAGUAUUGUUUUAUUCCA